AUGGGUAUUCCAGUGCACAUCUACGAGGACCCGAACGCGGGGGACGCAGCGACGGGGGCGGCGAGGGGCGCACGCGACGCUUUUGCGACGCGCCGCCGCCGCCGCCACCGCUUUGACGACGCCCGCUUUGACGACGUUUUUACGACACACUCCACCACCGCCGCCGCCGCCGCCGCGGCCCCCUGGGGGCUGUGGCCGCGCCGCGAGUUCGGCGACGCCCAGUGGGCGUCCAUGCGCGAGACCAAGCGCUGCGACGGCGCGCUGUGGGCGCUUUGGCGCGACGACGGCUCGCGCGUGUGCAUCGUGGACGCGAACGGUGCGGUCCACGAGCACGCGGCACGGCUGCCGGCGCGCAUCACCGCGCUGGACGCGCUCGACACACACACGGUCGCGUUCGGGCUGGCGUCGGGCCAGCACGGCGUGCUGGACCUGGCGUCGGGCCGCGCGCACUACGCUGAGGCCGCCAGCAGCGACGGGCACGACGAGAACGCGGCCAUCACGCACGUGUGGGCGCGGCGCGGCGCGCACGUGACCCUCGCGCGCGACGCCACCGUUCGGGUAUCGAGGCCCGCGGCCGCGGGCGCAGCCGCCGCCACCUCGCUGGCCACGACGCGCUGCCUGACGCGCGGCGACGCGGUCACGUGCGCGGACCUCAGCGCAGACGCCGUCUGGCUCGCGCUCAGCGACGGCCACCGCGUCUGGCUGCAGCACCCGCACGACCCGCGCCAGCACAACGUCCCUGGACUCGGCCUGCAGCUCGACGAGCGCGUCGUGUCGCUGCGCUUCGCGCCGCGCGCCCAGCUGCUGGUGGUGGCCACCACGGCGCGGAUCGUCGCGUACGAGUGUGGCGCCGCGUCCGUCGCGCUCGUGUGUGGCGCGCGCGCGGGCACGCUGUACGACUUCGAUCUCCAGGGCGCGCUCGUUGUCGAGCAGCAGCACCUGUACGGCACGCAUGUGGCGCAAUUCCAGCGGGUAAACGGCGGCCCACAAUGGGCCCAGAUAGGGUACGCUGACGUGCGGGCGCAAUUCGGCAUCCGCAAGGUGCACAAGUUGCGCGCGUCAUGCGUCGGCGUUUGGGUGGUUGCAGAGGCCGGGGUGUGCAGCGAGUUUGCGACCACGCGCGACGCCGGUUCCGGCGCGCGCGAGCAUUGA